AUGGCCGACACUACUGAUCUGCGUUCACCACAAAGCAAAUGGAGAAUCCGAGUUUUUGUUUUCUUCAAAGAUGCGAGACUUGUGUUCAAGAUGGAUUCACUUGGUUUGGAGAUUAUUCAGAUUGCACUUCCUGCUGCUCUAGCUUUAGCCGCUGAUCCCAUCGAUUCGCUCAUUGACACAGCAUUUAUUGGCCGUUUAGGAGCGGUGGAGCUUGCAGCCGUGGGAGUUUCAAUCGCCAUAUUCAAUCAAGCUUCAAAGAUUACCAUAUUUCCACUAGUCAGUAUCACAACUUCUUUUGUCGCUGAAGAGGAAACCAUUGGACGAGUUACCAAUGUUGAAGAACCAAAAGCUGAGGACUCGGAGAAGAGUUCAGCUAAAGAUAGUGAAAUGAAGGAGUUGAAGCCAGAAGAAGCCAUGCUUGAGAACUUGGAAAAAGGAGCUUCAACAAACACUGCUACUGAAACAAAAGAUGAAUCUUCAUCAGAUAAUAAUUCUUCGGCAACUACAUGCAAGUCUCCCUCUCUAAUGGAAAGCAAAGAGUUGAGUAAGGGGAAGUGACAUAUCCCUUCAGCAUCAACUACACUAAUUACAGGCGCCUUUCUUGGUCUUGUCCAAGCUAUAUUUCUUGUAUUCGGAGUCAAACCUCUGUAACAUAUUAUGGGCGUGAAGUCUAAUUCUCCCAUGAUGAACCUUGCUCAGAAAUACUUGACUUUAAGAUCACUGGGUGCUUCUGCAGUCCUUCUUUCUCUAGCAAUGCAAGGGGUUUUUCGAGGAUUGAAGGAUACAAAAACUCCCUUAUACGCCACUGUUGCAGGAGAUUUGACAAAUAUCAUUUUGGACCCAAUAUUUUAUUUGGUCUUGAGACUUCUUGGCUUGCUUGGCAAGCCCUUGGCGCACGGAUCUCGUAACAGCAACAGCAAGUCCCGUUUUUCCGGUGUGUCCAAAGGCUCGAGUGGUUCUUCUUCUCAUUUUCGGCAACCAUUGCCUCAUCUGCCCUCCUCGUCACCUGCUCCUACUGCUGCUCAGUCUGUCUCUCGCUCUCGAUCUCCUUGUCAAAUAUGCAAACGGGAAGGUCAUCAGGCACUAGACUGCUUUAAUCGCAUGAACUACUCGUUUCAGGGGCGUCAUCCUCCAACUGAUUUAGCUGCUAUGGUUGCUGAGGCUAACACCAAUUAUCUCAAUCAAAAUCAAUGGUAUGCUGACAGUGGUGCAAAAAUUCAUGUUACCUCCGAUAUUGCCAAUCUUGCAACCUCUCAGCCGUAUGACGGUGAUGACUCAGUGGGUGUAGGUAAUGGUACAGCUCGUUGCGUGGCCUCCCUUCCAGCUCGUGACCAACCCCUUGACUCUGCUCAUUGCGUGACCUCCUUUCCAGCUCGUGUACAAUCCAUCUUCACUAACUCUGCUCGUUGCAUGGACCCCCCAGGUGUGGUCAUAUCUGAGCCUCGUACCUAUGCUCAAGCGGCACCUAUACCUGAGUGGCAUACGGCAAUUGAGAGUGAAUUUCAGGCACUCUUGAAGAAUGAAACGUGGUCGUUGUGCCCUCGUCCUCCUGGUAUAAAUAUGGUGCCUUGCAAAUGGGUUUUUAAACUCAAACGUAGACCCAAUGGCAGCAUUGACCGUUACAAGGCCACGUUGCCCUAUCGAGCUCCUUGUGUCUCGGGCUCCAAACUGUCUAAAUUUGAUGGAGAUCCUCUUUUGGAUCCGGCUGAAUAUUGUCAAACUGUAAGUGCUUUGCAGUAUGUCACCCUUACACACCCCGAUAUCGCAUAUUUCGUAAACCAGCUUUGUCAACACAUGCAAGCUCCCACUUCUGCACAUUGGACAACAACCAAACGAGUGUUAAGGUACUUGAAGCAGACACUUGAUUUUGGCAUGCUCUAUAAGCCAGUUUCCUUCUCUAUUAAUGCCUACUGUGAUUCUGAUUGGGCUGGAGACCCUGACGACAGACGCUCAACGUGUGGUUAUGGUGUUUAUAUGGGUCCUAACCUCAUCUCUUGGUCCGCCAAGAAGCAACCUGUUGUCUCUAAAUCUAGUACGGAGGCAAAAUAUCACUGCUUAGCUCUUGUCAAGGCUGAGGUAUAUUGGCUACGCAUGCUCUUGUGUGAGCUGCAAAUUUCACUUGACUUGGCUCCCAUUGUUUGGUGUGAUAAUAUCAGUGCUCUAGCUCUUGCCUCCAAUCCAAUUUUCCAUGCCAAAUCCAAGCAUAUUGAAGUGGAUUACCACUUUAUCCUAGAAAAGGUGGCAAACCGAGACAUAAUCCUACACCAUGUCCCUUCUUCAUUACAACCUGCGGAUAUUUUUACCAAGGGUCAUACGGCUGAUAGGUCCUGUUUCCUCAGAGACAAACUCUCAGUGAUGGAUCUCCCUGCUAGUUUGCGGGGGAAUGAUAAGGAUAAGGACCAAAAUGUUCAAACUACACGUUCAAAUGUUGAGGAUGUUGGGUACUUGAUUUUAUUCAUCCUCCUGGUGAAGUUGAUGAAACAUGUUCAUCUUUUACCUCCAAGUCUAAGGGAUUUACAAUUCAGUCGGUUUCUUAAAAAUGGUUUUUAUUUGUUAAUUAGAGUAAUAGCUGUGACUGUCUGUGUCACACUAUAGGCAGCUUCAAUGGCUGCACGCCUUGGUUCAACACCUAUGGUUGCGUUCCAAAUUUGCUUACAGGUCUGGCUCACAUCAUCUCUUCUGGCUGAUGGAUUGGCUGUUGCGGGACAGGCCAUUCUAGCUUGUUCAUUUGCUGAGAAGGACUAUGAGAAGGCAACAGGUGCAGCAAACAGGGUUUUGCAGAUGGGUUUUGUUCUAGGCUUGGGGCUUGCUCUCUUUGUAGGACUUGGACUCUACUUCGGCUCUGGAAUCUUUUCAAAAGAUCCAGCACUCAAACACUCCAUGAGCAUCGGCAUACCGUUUGUUGCAGCAACUCAACCCAUCAAUUCUCUAGCUUUUGUCUUUGAUGGUGUAAAUUUUGGAGCUUCUGAUUUUGCAUAUUCUGCAUACUCCAUGGUUUUGGUGGCCAUGGUAAGCAUAGCAAGCUAUUUGUUCUCUUUAAGAGCAAUAGUUUUUGCUGGAAUCUGGAUAGCUUUAACAAUUUACAUGGGUCUCCGCACAUUUGCUGGUGUAUGGAGGAUGGGAACUGGAACUGGACCUUGGGGAUUUCUCAAAGCCCGAUUGUUACCAUAA